UGCAAAGAAUUGAAUUUUUUGUGUAAACAAUUUUUUUAGCCUAACACAGUUCCUUGAAUUUGAAAUUGAAUAACUUUCUAAACAAUAAACUACGCGACCUAUCAGUGGUGCUUACACAUCAGCAGCAAUGAGUGCAGAAGAGGAUUCUGAAACUGCUUGGCUGGAGACCGUCACUAUUGGUGGAUUUCGCGCGUGGCAUAUAAUUGCGAUAUGUCUCGGCAUCUCUUUAAGUAUUUUAAUUAUGGUCUGCUGUUGCAUUCGCUUCCGGAUACCGCGCACAAAACAAGAAAUAGAAGCUGACUACCAGCGUAAGCAAAUAACGAAGAAAUUCCGUGAAAAACUUCAGCAAAUCAAAAACUCUGAAAUGGACGAAAUGGAUUUACAAAAAGCACUGCAUUCUAUCAAAUUGGAAGAUUUUGAAGUGCCAUAACAUCCCCAUACAUCCGCCUGCAUGCCUUUGCUUUGUACUUGUUCAUGUCGGUCCAUUACUUAUGCACAAGCGAUUGUCGAAUUCAUUGCACAUAUACAAGCCGAGUAUUUAUCGGCGCAAAGCAGCUGUGGCACGAGCGACGGCGACAAUGCCGCCAAAGAUCCUUAUGGGAGCAUCAAAUUCAAAAGCAACAUACAAGUGCCUGCGUAAACGAGCACAUCCAUACAUACUUACUCAUCUAUAUAUAAUAUAUAAAAAUUAGUGAAAAAAUAGAGCAUUUAAA